AUGUCAAAUUCUUUUAGAAGGCCUGAGCCAUUUCGAUCUUGCUGGGAGUGCUCUGAUCAGGAGGAUUACGACCCUCCGGCCGAGGAGGAGAUUGAAAUUGCUAUUACACCCUACGCUGAUGCCCCAUUGGAGAUGAGGAUUGCAUGGCCCAAUCAAAGUCAAGAUGGCCAGGGUAGAUGGAAGUUCGUCGAUCUCGAAUUCUACUGUCAUGCAGGCGACGAUGCACCCUUUGAAGCUUUUCAUCAGGCCCCGGAGAUCCCUCAGAAUUCUGACAGUGAUGCCUCAUUCUCCCUAAUCCAGGGAUGGAUUGAGACUUGCUCGUCCGAGCAUGAUCUGUGUAAUGAGGACGACGCGUGCAUCGACAUGCCGACCAGACUGCUCGCCAUCGGAGACACAAUGGAACCGAAUACCGUACGACUGACGUCCGACCCUCGGCGGCCUUCAAAGUACGCAGCCCUGAGCCAUUCGUGGGGCGAAUCAAAGCAGCGGCUCAAACAAGUCCCGAAGACGAAGAGAGACAACAUUAGGUCUCGAGAAAGAGAUAUCCCCUGGUCCGAACUGACCAAGACUUUUCAAGAUGCCAUCCUCAUCGCGCGCAGACUGGGACUGGAGUAUCUCUGGAUUGACGCUCUCUGCAUCAUCCAAGAUUUUGAUGACGACUGGGCAAUGGAAGCUUCAAGAAUGGCCGCGAUUUACGGAAAUGCACAUGUCGUGAUCUCAGCCACCCGGUCCGAGACUGGAGACGGUGGAUGUUUCGCCGACAGGCCUUCUAGUUUUCGGGUGCCCAGCACCUCGUGCGUCUACGUGAGAGCGACCUCCCCCCACAGAGAUCUGGACAACGGUAAAGGAUCGUCCUUUGGGCGAUCGCCUCUACUCGACCGUGCCUGGGUCUAUCAAGAGCGUCUGCUCGCGAAAAGAGUCGUGCAUUACAGGGAGCAUGAGAUCAUGUGGGAAUGCAGAAAAUGCGUGUGGUGCGAGUGUGGAGGCCACAUUGAUCGCAACUUCAAGUUUAAUCUGGCGAGCCUGUUACAUGACAAAGACAACAUCCCGCAAAGGUAUCUCGACUGGUCGCUGAUUGUCAAUCGGUACACAGGACGCUUUCUCUUCGCAGACGCCGACCGCCUGCCGGCGUUGUCUGGCAUCGCAGGUCGCUUUCACCUCCCGGGAAUGGGAAGGUACCUGGCAGGUCUCUGGGGGAACUCUAUGCCGGAGUCCCUGACCUGGGGAGCAUCCCGUGGCGCCGUCGGGGGUCGUCAAAUGCGAAGACCGGAAGAGUAUCGCGCUCCAACUUGGAGCUGGGCGUCUGUCGAAGCUGCGUUCGGCAUGUACAUACCCGACGACGACGACAACCCUCCAGGGUACAAAUGCAGGGUCAUUGCGGCAGAAUGCAUACUCAAAAGUCCCGAUCCGUACGGUCGACUCGUAGGCGGACACGUCCUCCUCUCUGGACUCUGUUUCACGGUGAUUCUGGAGCGCAGCUACGAGGACUUGAGGCCGAACCAGAUUCCACCAAAGUAUGUCUUACGCGUCGAGGACAGAGUGUUCGAUCUCAACGAGGACGUUCCGUUGGACGAUCCCAGCGCAUCAGACCACGUGUCUGACGGCACGUCCCUGCUCGUGCUCGUUUUGGUUGGGAACGACGUCGUCAGGACCGUCAGCGACGAGGAUUCGCGCGACGGCUACUUCAAGGGGAUUGCAUUGCGACGCUCAGUUCGUGACCAAGGCGCCUACGAGAGGGUUGGGAGGGUCAUUGGGCCGAUGGAUGCAAUUCUGGCAGCCACAUUGGAGGAAGUUGAGGUCAAAAUUGUGUGA